UCUGCUAACGAACAGGCUCAGGAGCCGAGUUUCCAUAGCAACUGUAACCCAAGUCGAUCUCCGCGGCUGUUUCUCCCGCGACAGCCCGGACUUUGGUUCCAGCCUUCGUCUCUAUGGUCCUGACUUCCUAGAAGAGCCGAAACGACACUUCCGGGAACAUGGCGGCGCACGGGCCGGCUCUGGCACAUGUUUCCGUGGAUGGGACCCGGCAGCAGUCACUGUCAGGGUCUCCUGUCCCCGCGUAGGGGCAGCGGGAACCCAGGCUCAGGAGGAGAGUGAGCGAAGCGGGGGGAGAAGUUUCACCUAGGUGCUAACCAGGAGGACUGGAAUUUAGACCUCAAGAGGAAGGAAGGAAGCCCAGGGCAAGAGCAGCCGGUUCUUUGGAAUCUUACUUAAGAAGCCUGGUUCUCCAGCCCUUGUAUUCCAGAAAAUCCAGGUUGGUCGGAAAGGAAACAGUUCCAGGAAGUGUGUUCGCAGCCUUCAGUUCAGCAAGUAACUACUGGACGCAUUUCCCUCAAUUCCUGGCUCUGCGCUAAGUACGCUAAGUACACGGUUGGAGACUGAAUCUCAUCCCUGACCCGGUCUUAUCAUUUCGAAUUUCUGUGACAAGAGAGAUCGUGGGCUGAGGGGUAAUCUCUGGCCUUGGGAGGGCCCUAGGACACAACAUACUUGUUACCAUGACUGCCGCCCAGGAGGUCAAGAGUCGUGGGAUGAAAUUUGCCGAAGAGCAGCUGCUAAAGCAUGGAUGGACGCAAGGCAAAGGUCUGGGCCGGAAGGAGAAUGGGAUCACCCAGGCACUCAGGGUCACACUGAAGCAGGACACUCAUGGGGUGGGACAUGACCCUGCCAAGGAGUUCACUGACCACUGGUGGAGCGAUCUCUUCAACAGGACGGCGGCCAGCUUGGUGGUGGAGGCGAAACAGGAUGGAGUUCAGCUAAGGCGUGUGUCAAAGGAGACCCCCCGCCAAAACCAUCCCAAGCCCAACAUGCUGUAUCAGAAGUUCGUGAAGAUGGCCACACUGACUUCGAGUGGGGAGAAGCCAGCGCAGAACUUGGAGCACUGCAGUGAGGAUAACAGCCCUGGGCUCAAGCCUCCAAAGAUUCUGACUGAUGAGAUGCUUCUCCAGGCUUGUGAGGGGCGAACAGCACACAAGGCUGCCCGGAUGGGGAUUACCAUGAAGGCUAAGCUGGCUCGACUAGAGGCCCAGGAACAGGCCUUCCUGGCUCAUCUCCAAGUUCAGGAUUCAGGGAACCCACCACAUCAGCCUGAGAGCAAGAUCUCCAAAAAGAAGAAAAAGAAAAGGAAGCAGAAAGAAGAGGAAGCAGCAGCAGUCACUGAAGAGCAGGCCCAGGAGGAACACCCAGACUGUCCUGAGCAGAGCCCCAGGAGAAGCAAGAAGAAAAAACACCGAGAGCGGGUCCAAGAGGAGUUCGACGGAAGCACCAUAUGCUCUGGGGAUGUGCAGGGGAGAGAGCAGAGUGAACAACCCCGCAAGAAAAGAAAGAAGCAGCAGCAGCACUUAGAGGAGGCAGGCGAGGAGGAUGGCUCUGAUAAAGCAGGUGAAGGGGCUGCCUCCAGCCCAGAGAGCAAAGCUUACAAGGACCCACACCGCAGGAGCAAGAAAAGGCGGCCUCCGGCAGAGGAAGAGGACCUGGACAGAGAGACUGGUACAGUCUGUGGUGCCAGGAAGCACAGGAGCAAAAAGAAAAGACAGCAGUAUCCUGAGGAGGAAGAUGCUGUAACCUUGAGAGGGGAGCGGGAGGAAGAGGAGGAGGGGGAGGGUAGGCCUCUGGAUGCAGAGCUCAUAGCACACACUGGCAAGAGCCAUAGAGACAAAAAAAGGCGGCGACAGCCACCAGCCAAAGAAAGAACAGGUGAGUGCACAGACCAGAGAGCAAAAAAGAAGAAACACAAGAAAAAAGACUGAACUCAGGUCUGGAGGGUCCCACCCAAUAGGGGUGAGGUCUCAGACACCCUAGACUUUAUGGGGUCUCCCUCCUGGGGAGGAAACAGCUCAGCCAGUUACUGAGAUCCCCAACUUGGGUGCUUACAGGAGCCAAGCAGAGGGGCAGAUUCUGAAAGGGCCUCCUAUGGGAAGCGGCUGAAAAUGAGGGGCUCUGGUGCAAAGGAUUGGCCUUAAAAUUUUGGGAUGACUCAGAAAAACAGAAAUUUAAGCCUCUGAAUUCAGCACCUAGGUCGGUUAUCAAAUGAUUAAUAAACC